AUGUGGCAACUACACAACAAAAUGAAAGCUGUGACCAAGAAGCUAAGUUGCUGGUCAAGCGAAACCUAUGGAGAUAUUUUCAGGAAUGCCAAGGAAGCUGAGAAGGAGGUCAAAGCAUUGGAAAAGAGGCAAAAUGAAGACAACAAUGAUGAGAACAUGACUGCUCUUAACAAGGCAAAAGCUGAGUUCAUAAGGCUUUUAAAAAACCAGGAUGAAAUAUACAGAGAGAGAGAUAAGGCAAAAUGGUUAAAGGAUGGAGAGAAAAACACAUCAUAUUUCCAUAAGGUUAUUAAAGAUAGGAGAAGAAGGCUGAGUAUUCACAACAUCCAGGACAGUGAAGGACAGAACAUUAUGGGACAUGAUGAUAUAGCCAAAGCAGCAAUAAAGCACUUUGAGGAUUUGUUCACUUACCAGGAAAUAAAGGGAAGUUUCAAUAUCCUGGACCAACUCCCUAAACUAGUUACUGAAGACAUGAACUGCAUGCUCACUGAUAAACCAUCCACACUUGAAAUAAGGAAUGCCAUCAAAAGCAUUGAUCCAGAAAGUGCACCAGGCCUGAUGGAUUUGGUGCCAAAUUCAACCAGGUUUGUAUUGACACAAUCAUACCAGAUCUUCAAAAGGCCAUUUAUGAAUUCUUUGAUGGUGCACCAGUCCCAAGGUAAGCCAUCUGAUAUAAGGAAAGUUAUGAGAAUACUGACAGUUUAUGAGAAUGUUUCAGGUCAACAGGUUAAUAAAAGCAAAAGCUGUGUGGCAAUGGCACCAAAAACAAGUCUAGAGGUGAUUCAUAGAACAUGCCAUCUGACAAGAAUGCAUAGAAAGGAAUGGCCUAUCAAAUAUUUUGGAUGUCCACUCUUUGUAGGAAGGAUGAAGAUCAUAUAUUUUUCAGAAAUGGUCCAUAAUAUUACAAGGAGAAUCCAUACUUGGCAUGCCAGAUUUCUAUCCAAGGGAGGGAAAAUAGUCCUAGUCAAACAUAUAUUGCUUGCAAUGCCAGUACACCUGUUGGCUACAAUGAAACCACCUAAGGGCACCUUUGAACAGCUGGAAGGGGCCAUAAACAGCUUCAUAUGGAAUGAUAAUGACACAAAAAGGAAAUAUCACUGGAGAAAAUGGGAAAGCAUGUGUCUUCCAAAUGAAGAAGGGGGAGUUGGUUUUAGGUGUCUGAGAGAUGUUAGUGAAGCAUUUAUAGCUAAACAAUGGUGGAAUCUCAGGACCAAAGAGUCAAUGUGGAAGGAGUAUAUGUUGGCUAAGUAUUGCUCAAGAGUAAAUUUGAUUAUCAGGAAGUCAGUUGGGGUUCAGUCUCAGACCUGGAGGGCCCUAGGCAAGCUACUGCCUGCGGAUUAUUCCCCCAACAAUAUCAGAUUAAAUGAAGCUUAUGAAGAUGGCAUAUGGCAAUGGGAUAGAGCAGGAUAUAGAGUUCCAAAAACUAUAAGGUGGGAAGUGCAACACAUCAGUAUUCACUUCAAUGAAAACAAAGAGGAUAAAGCAAUAUGGGCCUCUAAUCCAGAAGGAAGGUUUACAGUGUCCUCUGCAUGGAAUCUCCUAAGAAAGAAAGCAAAUGGUGAUUGGCAUGAUAGGAGAACCUGGCACACAAGCUGCUCACUGAAAGUAAACUUUCACAUGUGGAGGAUAAUCAAGAACAGGAUAGCCACAGCCAACAAUAUUGGCAGUCAUAUCUAUCGUAUCACCGGCAAAGAUAGCCUCUUGAUUAAAGAGGAGAUAGAUUGGCUCAGUUUUUGCAACAAACUCAACACUAACCCUAUCAGAAAAAGCAUAAGGAUAGUAAAAUGGAUUCCACCACCACCUAGCUUCAUUAAAUUGAAUAGUGAUGGAAGCUGCAGAGGUGAACUAUGUGGAGGAGGUGGAGUCAUCAGAAAUGAUAAAGGAAAGCUGAUACAAGCUUAUAGUAUGAAUCUGGGCAAAGGCACCAGCAACUGUGCUGAAGCAAAGGCUUUGCAACAUGGUACUGAGUGGUGUAUCAGUGAGGGUUGGAGGAAAAUCAUUGUGGAAUCUGACUCUUUGCUGGUAGUACAGGCCAUUCAAGGAAAGGUUGCUGAUAAAUUAGCUCAAGUAGGACACUCACAUAAUGAUAUUGUCACUUACAAGGAAUUCCAGGAACUGCCUACAUCAGUGAGAGGUAUACUAAACAUUGAUAGAAUGGGAUUACCAAACAUCAGAACUAGACCUAUCAGUAAUAGCAAUUACUAUUUUGAUCCACCUUGA